GCAGUAAUUGAUAACCUUAUUAACUUGGCUUUUUUUUUUUGUUCAAGUUAUACGUGGUAAAAUGCAGGUGCAUAGAGUAAAUAAAGUGUAUAGUGUUGGUAACCUUUUAUUUAUAUGAUAAUAAAUUGAUGUGUGUAUUUGGGAGUGUAAUUAUAUUUAUAAAAUAAAGAUUUGUUCUGUACUCUAGUCAUCUAUAUUCAUGGCAUCUGAAACGAACGGUAAAUCUGAACAUAUUAGGGACAUCAACACCAAACGAAAUGAUUACUUGGAAUGGACAGAUUACUUCAUGGCAACAGCGUUUCUUGCCGCCAAAAGAAGUAAGGAUCCCUGUUCUCAAGUUGGUGCGUGCAUCGUGAACUCAGAGAAGAAGAUAGUGGGCGUGGGAUACAAUGGAAUGCCAAUAGGCUGUAGCGACGAUCAGUUCCCGUGGAGCAAGCAGAUGGAUUCACAACUUGAAAACAAGUACUUGUACGUUUGCCAUGCUGAGAUGAACGCCAUCCUGAACAAAAACAUAGCUGACGUGAAGAACUGCGUCAUGUAUGUUGGACUGUUCCCGUGCAAUGAAUGUGCGAAAAUAAUAAUCCAGGCUGGGAUUAAGGAGGUGGUUUACAUGUCGGACAAGAAUUCCCACAAAGUGGAGACAAUUGCAGCCAAGCGUAUGUUCGACUCGGCGAGUGUAAAGUAUUGGCAGUAUAAACCUUCCAUGAAGAAAAUCACCAUUGACUUCACAGAGAUCGACUGGAACAACAUGACACAGCUUCCACCCUCCCCCCAAAAAUCUGAGGAUUUAGUUACCAGCUGAUAUAACUAUGGUAGUUGUCCAGGGAUUACUAGUGGUGUCCAGUUCCUGUUGACAAAUGUCUUAAUUUGUUGUAACCAUACCCAAAUAAGAAACUCAGAUUUUUUAACACUAAUUUUGUAUUUUAGACCACUGGCAAUUGUGUUAAGAUAUUUUUCAUUCAUGCACAGGACAAUAUUAAAAUGUUUUCACAAAUUUGAUAUAACUGGAAAAUGGAAUAGGAACAACUCAUUGCAAUGUAACCAAAUAUAAACAAUAUAAAUUUCGAAGAUUGCAGAGUUGUGGUCAUAAAGCAUGCUAAUGUUAAGUUGAAAGUUGCCUGAGAUUGUUUUGCCACUGAGUACAGUACACUAGUGUGUUAUUGGAAAUAUUUUAAAGCAGAUAAGAAAAAUAUCAUAAGAGAGAUAUUUAAAUGCUAAAUUGAUGCAGUUCAAUAAAUCUUUGAUAAUUUU